CUGUGUAACAUCGUUUCAGUCGCAAUCAAAGCUUUAAACGUGACGGUCGAAUUAAACAAGGAAGAUAAAUAAACGGAAUCACAUUCACCCCAGUAAAAUUACCACAAGUUGAUUCGUAAUAUUAAGUUGUUUCCGAUAAAACCAUUAUAAUUAAACGCAAAUGCAUAAAGUCAUGCUUUACGGUUAAUGAAACUAUCUUAAGCCGACUCUAUUUUAGGAUGCCAGAAACAAAAAUGAAAUCCUGGGAUCACAUUUAAUUUCUAUGACCUUUUUUGAAGUUGAAGCUUGGUACCUGAAUAUUUUGAAUCUAUCGAUAUUCAUAUGUUGACAAAAAAGACUGCUGGGAUAAAAAUGUGCAACGGAGUUAUAGCUUGCAGCAUAGCAUUAAUUCUAAUCAAGGCGAUAACUAUUACUAAAUGCCACGCUGUGGCUCAUAUGCAUGGAAAAGGCGAGUCCGAUGAAAUUGGUCCACAGUUUCUGGCGAAGUUAAGUAACACAACGGUUCCCUUAGGACGUGACAUAUCAUUCACUUGUGUUGUUGACAACUUGGGUCAUUAUCGGGUUGCAUGGAUAAAAUCUGAUUCAAAGGCCAUACUUGGUAUACACACUCACAUGGUCUCACUAAAUCCAAGAUUAUCUGUAACACAUAACGGCCAUAAUACUUGGAAACUCCAUAUAUCUCGUGUACAGAUAAACGACUCCGGAAGUUAUAUGUGCCAAGUAAAUACAGAUCCUAUGAAGAGCCUUUCGGGAUAUUUAGAUGUUGUUGUACCUCCAGAUAUUUUAAACCACCCAGAACAUAAUCCAGAGGAAGGCGUCUGUCAAGAGGGUGGAAGUAUUUCACUUUUGUGCAGUGUGACAGGCGUUCCAAGACCAAAAGUACUGUGGCGGCGUGAGGCGGGAAAGGAAAUAAUACUACGCACGGACGGUAGAGAUAAAACAGGUCUUAAGUCGGUGGAAGGAGAAAGGCUGGUCUUAACAAAUGUGCACCGUUCCGAUAUGGGAGAAUACAAUUGCAUCGCAUCUAAUGGAAUACCUCCUUCAGUUAGCAAGCGUUUUAACGUUUACGUUAAUUUUUCACCAACAGUUAAAGCCAUAAGUCAAUUGGUUGGAGCACCAGUAGAAAAGGAAGUAACUUUGGAAUGCAUUGUAGAAGUUUUCCCCAAGCCUCUUAAUGGUUGGUACCGCAGUGAAGGAAAUAUUAAAUUGCACAACGGAAACAAAUAUAAUAUUUCUGAAGAAAUGAUUAACAUAUACACAUGGCACCUCAACCUUACCAUAAGACAUCUGACUAAAUCAGAUUUUGGAACUUAUAGUUGUUCGAGCGUUAAUGCCCUCGGUAAAAGUGAAUCACUUAUUCGAUUGCAAGAGCUACGGCUGCCCCCAAAGUUGACUACGACACCAACACCUUACAUGCAAACAACAGGAAAAUCGCGGCGGAAGCACCCAGCAAGUCACAAGAAGGGCCUAAACGAAGUGUUACGAUUUCAGGAAACGCAUUUCGCAAAUCAAAUUCAACAGGAGAACGAAGAACAUAACGAAGGGCUUGAUUUGUUAAAGUUCACUAACAGUGAAAAUUCUAAUAUCGCUUUAGAAAGUGGACACAUCAACAGCAUGAUAAACAGAGAGGACGGAUUCCGAUGGCCUGAUAAUGUCGGCUGCUACCUUCGAAAGGCGCAAAGUAAUUUUCAUGUUUACCGUCAAAUUCUGGAACAGACUUGACCAUAUCAAGAGGCUCACUACACUUAAUUUUUGGAUUCAAUUCGAUUUCCUGGAAUGUCCGGAUGUUCGGGUUUUUAUCUUUAAGUAAGCUUAACUCCCCCAUAAUUGUGGUUAAUUAUGCUUCGAAUAGUUCUUCCUGCCUUUGAAGUGCGCAGUUCUAUUUUUUACUGGCACUUUUCCGUGUAAAAGUUCUAGGACUUCUUCGUCUGAGGAAAUGUUCCCAGUACAGUUUUUAUGUAAAACAAAAUUUUGCAGGUGUUAUAGAAUUAAAUCAAGAGUUUGUAGAAUAUUAAUUAUAAGUAUUUGUUGUAUUUCCUAGCGAGAGUUAAAUAUCAAAUUAAUUUGUGAUUUGCUAAAAUUUCAACUCCACAACUUGCUGGAUAUCAUUUAUUUGGAGUAUUUUUUUUAUUUUGCAUUUUCUAGCACAUGAGAAUUUAUUGUAUUUAUUAAGUUUUAAGCUCACAAUUUGUUAAAUAUUUUUUACUUAUUGGCGAACUUUUGGACAAAAAGCCUACUCACAUGUUAAUAAAUUCAUUUAAUUGUCGAGGUGUUUUGCGGACGUCUUUCUUUCGCCACCAGUACUGCCGCUGUCGUCGCUGCCGAUAUCGCUGCUGCCUAUAUAUGUGGUUAUUUAGAAUUUUCCACUUUGUUGAAAGUUGGGACUUGUGUUUUUUCCUUUCGGGUGAUUUUUUUGAUUCGAUCUAUCUUUAUUUUUGUGAUUUUAAUUUUUUCACUUUUUUUUCUUUUCACUUCGGGUGAUUGUUUUUUGUCCGCGAAUUCCGUCUCGCAUGAGUCCGAUUUCUUCGGUUACAUUUGGCCGUGCAACUUAGUGUUACAAUAACUAUUUAAACCGAUGCAAGUUCCAGUUCGCACAGGAUCCGAAUCAAUUUUAUAAUUUCGUUAACACUAAGCGCAAAACAAUGUCCUACCCUUCCUCCCUAUUUUUAGCAAAUAUUAUUAUUAUCAGAUCAGGCCUAUUGCCGAUCCACUUGCAAAGGUAUUUCAAACAUAUGCAACAUUACCUCAUUCCGAACAGCCACACUCUUACGCGGUAUCAAAGUCAAUUUUGUGAUUCCUCUCCAUAAAAAGCUAACAAAUUGGAUGCAAGCACUUACAGAGGAAUCUCUAAAUUGUCAGCGACCCUAAGCUUUUUUGAAUAUGUUAUCACUCCCCAUUUUCUCUGUCCAGACGCAUGUUCAGUUUCCACUAAGGCGUGUGUUCACCCGGUUUACGCAUCAGUAGAUGAAUUGCUCGAAGGCUGUGUUUCCACAGUCCUGCCGCUCUCGUUGUCCUGUUCGGUGAGGUGUGCGCUGUUGGGCUAGGAAUAUCUACCGUACGCGGACUCACAGUAGCCAACGGCUGCGUCUUUUAUGUAAUCGUCAGGCGAAACGACACCGCGUUAGCCUCAUGACUGCUUUGACUGAUCGGGCCGGAACCACGCCUGCUCGGUUCUUACGAACUCUUUAGGCAAAUGCCCGAUCAAUCCCAACACGCAUCCUGUUCCUUGCUAGAAUUGGAACCGAAUGUUCAAAUACUAACGGACUCGCAAAGAUCUGGUCUCGAAUCGUGGUGUAGCAAGGCGUCUAAACCUGACCGUGCUUUGUCCUAAUGGACCUCAUCUGCCUAUUUCUAAAUCCGGUCACUUGCCUCGACACUAACGUCUCGACGUAGCGAUCUUGCUUCUUGUUGGCUUUCGCUACUUAAGCUCCCUAGCUGCUUGCGUUGCUUCGAGUCGUUUGCAUGCAUUCUUAUUAUCCUCAACUUUGCACCGCUUCCAGCGCUCAGACUGCUUAUAUAGGCUUCCCUUAACCGAUAUUCCUCGAUGUCUCCACUAUCCAAAUCCAAGGUCGACUGCUUGAAGGGGUGGAGGUCUUGCUCGCACUGACCCUAACACUAACUACACAUUACUAUGAAAAUAUACUAAGAUUUUAGUGUGCAUUCGACAAAACUUGAGUGCUAGUUAUCGUAACUGGAAAAAAUCGUACAUACAUUCAAAGAAUGUGCAUUUAAAAAAUUAUAGGAUGCAGAAUUAAGAUCAAGGAAAUGGAUAAAAAGAAAAGAGAACAGCGGAAAAUUUUUGGAGAGCCACAAAUGCUGUUCAGUUCGCCUAUAGCCCACCCUACCUACGAUCACCUGCCGAUAGAGCAUGGCUUCCCUUCCCUUUAAACAACCUUCGACCGCGGUAACAUCAGCUAAAUAAUGUUAUUGCUGUUUUAGAAUUUUAUUGUUUAAUCACUUAUUCGCGUUAAUAGAUAAAUGUUUAUAUUGUAUGCAAAAGUUACAAAUUUAAUAAAGGGAUAGUAUCUGGAUAAAUUAUAUACAAUUGUAUACUAUUAUAUUCAAAUGUGUAAAAAAAACGUUUAGUAAUUUCAAUUAGAACUAGGGUAUAAGUUAAUGUAAACAGAUGAUUUCCUUAAUAUACGAAUAAAAAUUAAAUUUAAAUUUUAA